AUGAUUGGCUUCGAACGGUUUUUGGUUCCCCUGGUCCUGGUGAAUUGCCAGGAGUCGAACAAUUGCUAUAAAUAUGUGAUCACACUCGAAGACGAAGCUGGCGAUGGCUGGUUCGGAAAUUCAUACCAUAUCAAAGAUGAUUCUGGGCUCGUCGUUGCGUCUGGAACUUUGAAUUUUGAACAAGCUUAUGAGCAGGAGCGCGCCUGCUUGCAAAAUGGUUGUCAUAGUUUCUCUAUCGUCGGCAAUCCUUACGGUGGUCGGGAUGAAAUUGCGUGGUCCCUUGGUGAAGUAAAGACGCCAUCUGUCGUCGUAUUAUUGGACCCAUACUCAACUACUGAGCUGUUGUUGGUCGAUGGACGCAUCCUGGAUGGCUUAUGCUCGCCAGCGCCCAGCGUCAGUUCAAGUCCGACACUGUGUCCAACCUCCACAGGGGGCCCAACAGCUACAUCUUCUCCGACAUCUACCUACUGCUAUGAGAUUGUACUCCUGAGUCCGCUCAGCAUUGGAUGGCAAAGAAAUCGACUGGUUAUCACCCCUUUGACUUCUGAUGCUACGAGCCUGACAUUAGACCUCGAGCAGGGUUCUUAUGAUUCGAAAACGAUAUGUUUAGCAAACGGCUGCUAUCUUUUUGAUUUUGGAGGGUCGGGUCGUAUAGGAACGGCUAUCUUUGUAUUUGUCUUUGAUGAUCAAUUCUCUGGUAUCUAUCCAGAAUCCAACUGUUUAGAGUUCGGUGAACUCGGAUGUGACUGUGAUGACCCGUUGGAUGCAGAAGAAAUUCUAUUGAUACUGCAUUAUCCCUGUGCACUCCACACUCUCCAUCACAAUUCUGGAUCAUAUUUACUGGGUAGCUGGCUUAUCGCCAAGCGCACUUUGAUUGUGCUUAGUCACACUCGCGUUCUGACGACAAUAAUCGCCGUCUUUUAUGUCACUGAUCUAAUCAAAGAAUACACUAACGGGGUAGAUUACGUUUCUCUUGGAUGGUCUUACUGA